UCACUGCGAGCAAAACAUCUCGCGAAGUAAACAUUCACGUGUUGUUACGUUGGUACACACUACCUAGUCAACGAAAUAGAGUGAAAAUGCGGGUUAAAAAGAACAAAGAGAAGAAAAACAUAAUCGAUGACCCUGUAAGGAAUUUUGAGAAAUGGAAAAAGAAGUACGAUAAAACGAAAACCCGGAUCAAACGAGUUCAAAAGCCCACUAGGAAGAAACGCGACUGGGAGGUGGAGAGAGAAAACAUACAGAGACUGGUGAAUAAAUACUCGACGAUCAAUGCCAAAGAGGCUGUGAAGUUCUCUGAUUUUCCACUCUCAAGAAAGACUCUAAACGGUCUUCUUGAGUGUCAGUACCGGCAGCCCACAGAGAUUCAGAGGCAGACUAUUGGCUUUGCUUUGCAAGGUAAAGAUGUUCUUGGUGCUGCAAAGACGGGCUCUGGAAAGACUUUGGCCUUCCUCAUCCCGGUUUUGGAGUGCUUGUAUCGUGAACAGUGGACUGGGAUGGACGGCCUCGGCGCUCUCAUCAUCUCUCCCACCCGAGAGCUGGCCUAUCAGACCUUUGAGGUGUUGAGGAAGAUCGGCAGGAACCAUGAAUUUUCUGCCGGCCUUAUAAUUGGUGGAAAGGAUCUGAAAGAUGAAUCAGAGAAGAUCCAUCGCACAAAUAUCAUUAUCUGCACCCCAGGACGUCUGCUGCAGCACAUGGACGAGAAUGCCACAUUUCAUGCUUCAAAUCUGCACAUGCUUGUACUUGAUGAAGCCGACAGGAUUCUAGACAUGGGUUUUGCUGAAACACUCAAUGCCAUUGUUGAAAACCUCCCGAAAACACGACAGACCCUUCUCUUCUCCGCCACUCAGACCAGGUCUGUCAAAGAUCUGGCCAGACUGAGCCUGAAGAACCCAGAGUAUGUGUGGGUCCAUGAGCAGGCCAAGUUCAGUACUCCUGCAACUCUGGAACAGAACUAUGUGGUGUGUGAGCUGCACCAGAAAGUCAACAUGCUCUUCUCAUUUAUGAGGAGUCACCUUCAGAAGAAGAUCAUAGUCUUCUUUGCCUGCUGCAAAGAGGUUCAGUAUCUGUUCCGGGUCUUCUGCCGGUUGCGUCCUGGUAUCUCCGUUCUUGCUUUGCAUGGGAAACAGCAGCAGAUGAAGAGAGUGGAAGUUUACAAUGACUUUGUCCGCAAGACCUCUGCAGUACUAUUUGCCACAGAUAUCGCUGCCAGAGGACUUGACUUCCCUGCAGUGAACUGGGUGCUGCAGUUCGACUGUCCUGAAGAUGCGAACACAUACAUUCACAGAGUUGGCAGAACAGCCAGGUAUAAGGAAGGAGGUGAGGCGCUUCUGGUCCUGUUGCCCUCGGAGGAAAAGGGCAUGAUUGAACAGCUUCAAGAGAAAAAAGUUCCCAUUAACAAAAUCCAGGUGAAUCCAGAGAAGUUGGUGUCGGUUCAGCAGAAGCUGGAGGCCUUUCUGGCACAGGAGAUAGACCAGAAGGAGCGGGCGCAGAGGUGUUUCGUGUCCUACCUCCGCUCAGUCUAUCUGAUGAAGAACAAAGAUGUCUUUGAUGUUUUCCAGCUCAAACUCCAAGAAUAUGCCAUGUCACUGGGUUUGGCAGUGGCGCCACGGGUCCGGUUCCUCAUUAAGGCCCAGCAGCAAAAGAGUGGAGCGGCGCAGGACGACAGCGGUACUGCAGAACACGAGCCUGAAGAUGAGCUGGAGAGUUUCAAAGCCAAACUCAAAGGACGGCAACCUGAGUCUCAGUCCUCACAGUCUGAGGAAGAAGACGACGAAGAGGAGGAAGGGGAUGAUGAUGAUGAUGAUGAAGAGGAGGAGACAUUAAAGCCUGCAGCUCUGCUAUGUGGCUUUAAUGAAGAGGAGGACGAUGACCAGAACGAUCUGGACCUUCUGACUGUCAAACGUAAAGAUGUGUUCAAUAUCAAUGAAGAGAGCGAAGACGAUGAGGGUACAGAUGCUAAUGCCAAGAAUAAGAAACUAAAAGAGACCAAAUUCAAAGAUGCAAAGAAAAUACUGAAAAGAAACUUAAAGGUCAACACUAAGAAGGUCUUCACUGAGGAGGGAGAGGAGCUGCAGCAGUGGCCUCCGCUGCAGAGGACCAUGGUACCAGAUGAAGAGGAUGACGAAGAGGUGUCUGGCAUUAACGUGGAAGCAGCCAAAGAGCGGCUUCGCAAAGAAGACCAGGCGUUUGACAAGAUUGAGUACCGUCGUAAAGUCCAGGAGAAACACAGGGAGAAAAGACUGAAGGAGAAAGCAGCUCGGAGGGAAGCGGACCAACAGCAGAAAGAGGAGAAAAAGAAAAGAACUGCUGCUGCUGCUGCUGCCGCUGCUGCUGCUGAUAAUGAUGAGGAUGAGGAUGAUGAUGAGGAGGAGGAGGAGGAGGUGGUAGCGUAUCUGUCAGGUGCUGAUGAAGAUUUUGACCCCAGCACCCUUCCUGACCCAGACAAAGUGUGCGACUCUGAGUCCUCCUCCGAGGAAGAUGGCGAUUCAUCAGACCACGGAGGCAAGAAGAGAAGUUUCAGCAGCGACAGCAGUGAGGAUGAUGAUAGUGAUGAAGAAGUACAGCAGACACAGGUGGGCAGGAAGAAGCCCAGGAAGGAGUCCACAGUAACUCCUCUGGACACUGGCCUCUCGCUGGCCGAAGACGAGGAGCUUGUGUUGCAUUUACUGGGCAAACGCAGCUAGUUCCUUUGGGAACAGGUCCCUGUACCCAUCUUCCCCUUCAGAGUUCCUUAUUCAUUGUAUGUUGAUUAAUAAAAAUGCCCCUUUACUAAUAAAAUUUAUCGUGAUUGUGGAAACUUUAA